AUGCCCAAGUGGCCGCACUCGAUCCACUUCUCGAUGGAUGAAUCAUUGAUGGUGCUCCACUGGUCCGUGUACACUGGGGGCGUUCGUGAAUCUCGCCAUGGACCCAACGGCUUCUCGGUAUACGCCCUUCAUGAAACAUCCUUGGAGCAAAACUUUGCCAUCGGUGCGAAGAAGGGCUCAUCCGUCAAACCAUCCAUCCGCAUCCUCUCUCGCAGAUCAUUUGCAGAGUUCAGGGCCUGGAAAGGAGCGGCGAACGGAACAGGCAGCUCUCAAAUCAAAGUACCGCUCAUUAUGGUAGAUUCGAAGGGUCAGGACUUCUUGUUGUCUAGGGUGGUUGACGAGGUGCACUAG